CCUCGACUUUCCCUGGAAGAAGUUUUUGGAGCUAGCAGUUCGUCCGCCUCGUGCACAGGAAUCAAAACUGCAGCAUAUCACAGCCUGAGAUAUUCCUGUUUACGCUUCCAAAGGAUGAUGGGUUGCAACACAGGAAGCCCGGGCGUCAAACUCCAAUUAUAAAACGACCAAGGAUCUACUAUGGGCCUUAUCUCCACCUUAUAUCGACACUUCAGUAUGAGCAAACACGCAGGAAUUAUUCAUCACUCUCCGGACCAAGGCAUUCUGCAUUUGCCGCUUCAAGAGGUCGAUGUGAGAGUAUGGAUGGUCGAUAUCUCUGCGAGGGUUGUGCUCUCGCAAGUGUUUGAGAACGUAUCAGAUAGCCCUACCAGCCGGGCCAAAUAUGUAUUCCCUCUUCCAGCGAGCGCUGCUGCUUGUGCCUUUGAGCUCGAGCAUGCCGAUGGCCGCGUUAUUGUCAGUGUCGCUAAGGAAAAGUCAGAAGCCGCACAAGCUUCCCUGAGUGCAAUAGAUGCUGGAAGGACUGCAGGACUUGUAGAAUGGGUGACACACGACAUAUUCAUGAUCUCAAUUGGCUCAAUUUCCGCUCGACAGAAGGUCACAGCAAGAUUGACAUUUGUAAUGGAUCUUUUGGAUGAAGGCAGACGGGACUAGGUCCGUCUACAGCUUCCGAUGGCUAUUGCCGAACGAUACGGCGAGAUUCCAGCAGCUAUGCUCGAUGCCUCUACAACUAAUGAAGAUACGUU